CUACUCUAAAACAUCAUUCAUUGUCAUCACUCUCUUGGGCAGGAUUCGUCCUUUGCAGGCUGAGGCUGACACACACUCGUUUCACGUCCAGCUCAGCCGCUACGUUAAUAUACAUCACAUCAUACACCACUUACCACACUGCUCUACCUCUCUCGCUCGCUUUCGCGCACGCCGUCGUUGUUGAAUAGAUCUGCGUCCUUAUACGCUCACCCCUGUAACAUUUGUUAGCCUUCUUCUGUCGCUCCAGGAGUUAUUUGCCCGACAUGAAGUACGCGCUGUCCGGCGCUCUGGCGUUCGCCCUAUCCGCCUCUGCGACUUCAGCCGAAGUCGUUGCAGCAGGUCUCGCUCUCGCGGAGCGCGGUGCUCCUGCCAACCAGCCUCAUGGCUACGUCCCGCAGACUGUGUCCUGCCCACAGGAUCAACCGACAAUCCGCAGUGCUGCGACCUUGUCCGACUCCGAACUGUCAUGGCUUCAGACUCGCCGCAAUGCGACUAUCGACCCGAUGCGAAACCUGCUUUCGCGCAUGAACAUCGCCGGUCUUGAUACCAAUGCCUACAUCGACAAGUACAGAAACAAUGCGAGUGCGCUGCCGAAUAUUGGUCUAGCUAUGGCAGGUGGUGGAUACCGCGCCUUGUUGGUGGGCGCUGGUGUGAUCGAGGCAUUCGACAGUCGGACGCCCAACUCUACGGCACCGGGCCAAUUGGGUGGUCUGCUCCAAGCUACUACUUAUCUCUCUGGUCUCUCUGGCGGCGGCUGGCUGGUAGGCUCCUUGUAUGCGAACAACUUCACCUCUGUCUACGACAUCAUCAACCGGGCUUCGAGCAAUCCCAAGCAGGCAGGCAACCUCUGGCAAUUCGAUCAGACCAUUUUCGAAGGGCCCGAUUCCGACGGCAUUCAACUGUUCAGCACGGUUGAUUAUGCCGGCCAGGUCGUUGGUGCAGUCCAGGGCAAAAAGGACGCCGGAUUCGACACCACUAUCACAGACUACUGGGGCCGCACGCUCAGUUAUCAGCUGAUUAACGACACUGAUGGUGGUGUCGCAUACACUUUCUCUUCGCUCGCCUCGCAGGACUUCAUCACGGGUGGUUCUGCGCCGCUUCCUCUGCUUGUCGCCGAUGGCCGUACUCCUGGCAAGAAUGUCAUUUCACUCAAUUCGACCAUUUUUACUUUCAGUCCUUGGGAGCUUGGAUCAGAAGAUCCAAAUCUGUACGCAUUCGCUCCUCUGAAGUAUGUUGGUACAAACUUCUCUAAUGGCGUUCCUGCAAAAUCCGACUCGUGCGUUGUCGGCUUUGACAACUAUGGCUACGUUAUGGGCACAAGCAGCUCGCUCUUCAACGCAAUCUUGACCACCGCCAACUCGACAGCUUCAUCUGCCACCGGACUCCUCUCGAACGCGUUCAAAUCAGCCAUUUCCAGCAUCGUUACAGCCAUUGGACAGACUGAAGAGGACAUUGCUGAUUGGCCGAACCCGUUCCGAAACUACCGCAGCGGAAGCAAUCGUAUUUCGCAAUCGGACAUGUUGACCCUGGUCGAUGGCGGCGAGGACGGUCAGAACAUUCCUUUGCACCCACUGAUUCAGCCUUACCGACACGUUGACGUAAUUUUCGCCGUGGACAACUCUGCUGACACCAACAAAUCCUACCCCACCGACCAGUCUGCAGCAUACUGGCCAGCUGGUGUUUCCCUUAUCGCCACGUACGAGCGCAGCUUAGGGAGCGUUGCGAACGGCACUGCUUUCCCUGCAAUUCCGGAUGAGAGCACGUUCCUCAACCUUGGUCUUGCCAACCGACCAACAUUCUUCGGCUGCAAUGCCUCCAACAUCACGGGAACCGCGCCUCUGAUCGUCUACCUGCCCAAUGGCCCAUACGUCUACAACGCGAACUUCUCAACGUUCGAUUUGGACUAUUCCGACUCACAACGCGACGCUGUUGUUCGCAAUGCCUACAACCUGGCUACUCAAGGCAAUAGCUCCCUCGAUGCUAACUGGCCCGCGUGCGUUGGCUGCGCCAUUCUCAGUCGUAGCAUGACCCGCACUGGCACACAAGUGCCGCAGAUCUGCAACCAAUGCUUCGACCGGUACUGCUGGAACGGUACCCGCGAUUCGCGCCCGCCGGGCAACUACGUCCCACAAAUGAAACUGAAAGAGAUCGCGAACGCUGCCGGACGUGUCAUGACGGCAUCAGUCUCGCUCAGCCUAAUCGCUGCCUUUGUGGUCGGAGCGUCACUUCUGUGAAGUGACGAUCUUCUCUUCUAAAGUUUCUUGAAAUUCCCUUUGCAUGACCACAAAAUCCGCC